AUGGAACGUUGGUCAGGUAAAGUAGCAUUAGUGACAGGAGCAAGUUCUGGGAUUGGUGCUAACAUUGUCACAGAAUUGGUACGAUAUAAUGUCAAAGUCGUUGCCAUUGAUAUACAAUUUAACAAGUUGGAGGAAUUAAAAGUUAAAAUAGAAUCAUUAAACUUACCGGGCACGAUUUAUCCUAUGAAAUGUGACCUCACUAAAGAAGAAGAAAUUUUAAAUGUUUUCAAAUAUAUUCAAAAGGAACACGAUGAAGUUAAUAUUCUUAUUAACAAUGCCGUUAUAUAUCAUAUUCCUUUAUUUGCAGAUGGCAAAACGGAAAACUUUCGUAAUAUUAUGGACGUUAAUGUGAUCGCAGCUGCUAUUUGCAUAAGAGAAGCUGUUAGAUUAAUGUCCAAAUCAAAAAAUCAAGGACACAUUAUCAAUAUUACAAGCAUUUCUAGCCGUAAUGCAGGAAACAUAAAAAUACCACUCAGUUUAUAUGCAGGCAGCAAAUAUGCUUUAAGGGCCAUGUGCGAAAAUGUUCGUAAUGAAAUCCUGAGUGAUGGAUUAAACAUUAAAAUUUCGAAUAUUAGCCCUGGUCUUGUGGACACUGAUAUGAUUAAAAUUUUCAAUGUACCACCAGAACUUUUGAGCAAACUGAAGUUGUUAUCAACAAAGAAUAUUACUGAUGGAAUUAUUUAUGCAUUAGCCAGCCCAAUUAAUGUUGAAAUUGAUGAAUUAGCAAUUACACCUUUGCACGGGGUUAUACCUGAUAAAAUUUAA